CACGCCGCCCGGCCGGGAAAUCCGCAUUGUCUGCCUGCCCUAUAUAUAUAGGGGCUUAACGGCAGUCGUGUGCCGGCCGCGCAACCUUUCCUGCCCGCUCUCGAGGGAAAGCGGGGAGGGAGGAGUGGGGUGUGCGGAGCAAAAGCCGCUCUCCUGCCCCGGAGACUCGCCCGGGCUCAACAGGUACACCCGCAGGGCAGAGGGCUUUCUCCCCGCCGGCCAAAGCAGGUUUGGCUUCGCAGGAUGGCUCCGCAGAGUGACCGCUCGCCGGCUGAAGUGCAGCCCUAUUUCGGUGCCGCUGAGGACGCUCCCUCCGCGCCCGGCGGCAGCUCAGCGAGCAGCAGGGGUGCCUCGCCGGCCCGCAGCGCCCUGACCCCGCGGGAGACGGCGGUCCGCAGGAAGGGGAAGGCGCGACGGGGCCGCGGGAAGGUACGGAGCGAAGUGCUGCUCAUCAAGCAGAAGAGGAGCCGGCGCAUGAAGGCCAACGACCGGGAGAGGAACCGCAUGCAUCACCUCAACUCCGCCCUGGACGCGCUCCGCAGCGUCCUUCCCACCUUCCCCGACGACGCCAAACUCACCAAGAUAGAGACGCUCCGCUUCGCCCACAAUUACAUCUGGGCGCUGACCCAGAGCCUCCUCCUGGCCGAGCAGGGCCUGCCCGAACCUCCCCCGCCACCGCCCCCCGCCGCCGCUGCCUCCCCAGGGCCCUGGGACUCGUCCUGCCCCGCCGCUCCGCCGCCCACCACCCUGCGCCGCGGCCCCGCCGCCUUCCCCGCCUUCCUCUGAGCCCGCCGCCCGGCUGCUUUCCCCCCGCUUUUGGCCUUCAAAUCACCGGCGGAGAGGAGGGUGGGCUCCCCGCGCUGCGCGCCGGGGGGCGGCGGCCGCUCCUGUGCCCCCUGCACCGUCCCGCUUGGCUGGAGCGCAGCGGGAGCGGGCGGACAAAAACAAAUCGCGGUUUUAUACACGGAAUCGGUAAAUUAUAUUAAUUUGUCACUAUCGGUAUUUAUUGAUUAUAUUUAGUAACAAAUAUGUAUUUUGUACAUAAGAGUA